AGAGCCCUCUACAGGGACGUCAUGCAGGAGAACUACGAGACGGUGACCUCACUGGGAUUUCCCAUUCCCAAACCUGAGCUGAUCGCCCAGCUGGAACGAGGGGAAGAGCCGUGGGUGCCCGAUCUCCAGGCUGGUGAGGAAAGAGAGGUUCUGAGAUGCACCUGCACAGCAGGUGCUGAGAGAGUCAAUGAGAAGGAGGAGGGGAACCAUCAUGAGGAAGAUCCAGGGGAAGUGGAACCACAGUGCACAUUUAUGGGAAGAGCUGAAGGGAAUUUUUCCCAGUGCUGGGAACAGGGAGAAGCUUGUGGAAAUUGGCACAGGUCAGAAAGGCUCAUGGGAAACCACCCAGGGAAGGAAGUGGAUGAAUCUAUUAACUCUGGGAUAGGAGACAAGGAUCCCACAGCCCAGCGGACAAAUCCCAAGGAAGAGAAACCCUACCACUGCCUGCAGUGUGGGAAAGGAUUCAUUGUGAGACCACAGCUUGUUACAAAUCAGACAAUCCAUGCGGGAGAGAAACCUCUUCAAUGCUUGGUCCCUGCAAAAAUCUUCAAUAUCUGCUCAGACAUUAAUAACCAUGGGAAAAGUCCCAUAGGAGAGAAAUCCUAUCAAUGCCUCGAGGGCGGGAACUGUUUGAAUUCAGCACUAAUUACACAUCAGAUAAACCACACAGGAGAGAGACACCAAAAGUGCUUGAGCUGUAGGAAAAGUUUCAGAAACACAUCAGACCUUGUUAAACAUCAGGCAAUCCACACAGGAGAGAGACCUCAUAAGUGCUUGGACUGUGGGAAAAGUUACAUACGGAGGUCAGAGCUUGUUAGACAUCAGGGAAUCCACACAGGAGAGAGACCACAUAAGUGCUUGCACUGUGGAAAGGGUUUCACACAGCGAUCAUAUCUUGUAACACAUCAGAGGAUCCACACAGGAGAGAGACCCCACAAGUGCUUGGACUGUGGGAAAAGUUUCAUAUGGAGGUCAGAGCUUGUUAAACAUCAGAGAAUCCACACGGGAGAGCGACCCCAUAAGUGCUCAGACUGUGGGAAAAAUUACACACGGCGUUCAGACCUUGUUAGGCAUCACGCAAUCCACACAGGAGAGAGACCCCAUAAGUGCUUAGACUGUGGAAAAAGCUUCAUACGGAGGUCACUACUUGUUAAUCAUCAGGCAAGCCACAAAGGAGACAGACCCUACAAGUGCUUGGACUGUGGGAAAAGUUACAUGCGGAGGUCAGAACUUGUUAAUCAUCAGGCAGUCCACACAGGAGAGAGACCCCAUAAAUGCUUAGACUGUGGAAAGAGUUUCACACAGCGAUCAUAUCUUGUAGCACAUCAGUGGAUCCACACAGGAGAGAGUCCCCAUAAGUGCUUGGACUGUGGGAAAUGUUUCAUACAGAGGCCAGACCUUAUUAAACAUCAGGCAAGCCACACAGGAGAGAGACCCCACAAGUGCUUGGAGUGUGGGAAAAGUUUCAUACUAAAUUCAAAUCUUGUUAAGCAUCAGGCAAUCCACACAGGAGAGAGACCCCACAAGUGUUUAGUCUGUGGAAAAGGUUUCUUGCGUAGGUCAGAGCUUGUUAAACAUCAGAGAAUCCACACAGGAGAGCGACCCCAUAAGUGCUCAUACUGUGGGAAAAGUUACACACGGCGUUCAGACCUUGUUAGGCAUCAGGCAGUCCACACAGGAGAGAGACCCUAUAAGUGCUUAGGCUGUGGAAAAAGCUUCAUACGGAGAUCAGACCUUGCUAGACAUCGGGCAACCCACACAGGAGAGAGACCCCACAAGUGUUUAGUCUGUGGAAAAGGUUUCUUGCGUAGGUCACAUCUUGUUAAACAUCAGAGAAUCCACACAGAAGAGAGACCCGACAAGUGAUUGGACCGUGGGAAAAUUUCACGCAGAGGUCACACCUCAUAAACAUGAGAGAAUCCACACAAGAUCUAAACUUCUCUGACAGAGACAGAAAGUGUUAAGGAAAUUGCAUGUAAUUGACCUAGAUUAGACCUUUAGAGACAUGUUAGAAAAGUGUGUCCUCAGAUAAACUAGAGCUUUGAGAGGUAACCGUGUAUUGUUAAAGACAUGGAAGAAGAUGGUAACUGUAGUAGUCUUUGUUUAGCUGUAUCUUCUUAGAGGUUAACAAUGGAAAUCAAUGGUUCCUGUCUAGGGCUCUAUUCUGUGAAUUCAGAGAUCAAAAGGGAAUAUUAACAUUUAGAUAAAACUUGGUUGUAAUAAUGUCA